ACAAAUUGGGAGGAAAUGGGUUGCAUUAACUCUAAGAAGGCAAUUGCCAGAGAUUCACCUCAACAUGUGCUUUCGGUAUCGGCAACCACCGACAAGAGGUCUGCUGUUGCGGAGCCUCCUUCCAGAGUCCAAUCUGGGGUUCUGAUUUUUGGGACCAAAGCGGAGCAAGCAUCGCAGGAUCGGAUACAGGAUGGGAAAAGAUUUAAGAGGAACAGUUCUAAAGGAACUGGCUCUUUAAGAAUUUCGUAUCGACUCGUGGAAGCGGAGCAGAAUGCGGCCGGAUGGCCUCCUUGGCUCACCUCUGUUGCAGGGGAAGCUAUCCAAGGAUGGGUGCCUCUCAAGGCAGAUUCAUUUGAGAAAUUAGACAAGAUUGGACAAGGUACGUAUAGCAGUGUGUUCCGAGCACGGGAGGUUGAAACUGGGAGGAUGGUUGCCUUGAAGAAGGUGCACAUUGAGAAUUUUCAUCCUGAGAGCAUUAGGUUCAUGGCAAGAGAAAUAGCAAUCCUACGUAGGCUUGACCACCCAAACAUUAUGAAAUUGGAGGGUAUAAUUACAUCACGACUAUCAAGUAGCAUAUACCUUGUAUUUGAAUACAUGGAACACGAUCUUGCAGGCCUAGUUUCCUCUCCGGACAUCAAGUUCAGUGAGACUCAGGUUAAAUGUUACAUGAGGCAAUUGUUAAGUGGACUUGAACACUGCCACAUCCAUGGCGUCAUGCACCGUGACAUCAAAACAUCCAAUAUAUUGGUGAAUAAUGAGGGUGUUCUCAAGAUAGGAGAUUUUGGAUUAGCAAAUACCCUUAAUAACAAGAACCCAUUAACCAGCUGUGUAGUGACUCUAUGGUAUCGUCCUCCUGAACUUUUGAUGGGAUCAACAAACUAUGGAGUAUCAGUGGAUCUGUGGAGUGUAGGCUGUGUAUUUGCAGAACUUUUUCUGGGAAAGCCUCUUCUUAAGGGGAGAACUGAGGUUGAACAGUUACACAAAAUAUUUAAGCUUUGUGGCUCUCCACCUGAUGAGUUCUGGAAAAAGUCUAAGCUUCCUCUUGCAACAAUGUUUAAACCUCAGACUCAUUAUGAAUGCACUCUAAGGGAGCAGUGCAAAGAAUUUCCAGUUACUGCUGUAAAUCUAAUUGAGACUCUACUUUCCGUUGACCAAAGUAGGCGUGGGACUGCCUCCUCUGCCCUAAUGUCUGAGUAUUUCAGCACCGAGCCUUAUGCUUGCGAUCCAUCAAUUCUGCCAAAGUAUCCACCUCACAAAGAAAUGGAUGUCAGGGAUUUGGAAGAAGCACAAAGGAAAAAAGCUGGAGGUAAAGUGCAAGAUGCUGCAAAACCAAGAAAACAGAGGCGAGUCCAUAAAAUUUUGCAAGAACCAACAGAUGUCAAUAAUUCAGCUCAGAAGAAAGAGGAAGUGCAGUACAUCUCUCGAAACGCUCGUAAAGACGAUAGAAAAGCACGUCUUCCUAAGGAAAAAGGAGGACCUAUGCAUAGAGGGGCAUCAAAGCCAUCUUCAAAUGCAAUGUCAGGGACUACCCGCGUAAUGGAUGUUUCUCAUGGCUUUAGUGUACCGGUGCCAGUCUCAGGAUCCAAUGGCUUUACAUGGGCAAAAAACAGAAAAGCAGAUGCUACAUCUACUUUAUCAGAUGGCUCAAAAAGCAAAAUUAGCGCUCUCGAUCCAUCCUUUGCAAAAGGCACCUAUGAUUUAACCAAACAAGGGACAGAUGUAUCAGAAAGAAAAUACAUUGGCAAUGCAAGCCAUAUGGACAGGACUUCCAACCAUCGACAACAAAAGCAUCAGCUUCCACAUGGUACGCCGGCCUCUCUUAAUGAAGCUGAUGAGUACAAUCAUAUAGAUGUGUCCACAGAUUUUGAUCCAUCAGAACAAACAGAUGUUGUGAUCAAUACUCAGAGCCACAGAAAGCAAGGUGAUCUCCCUGAAUUAUCAGGACCCCAAAUACCUCGACCAAAUAGAAUCGUUGAGUCGUUGCAGAGGAAUGAAAACGGUAUUUCUCGAUCAACUCGCAAAUCAAGACUAGGAAGAGACAACUGAUAUGAGAAUUCUUAAAUUGGAGCUAACCUCAACUUUAUUAUAAGGAUGCUUUGCUAAGCAUGGCAUCCACUGCUGAACUGUGGCACAGCAUGUCUGCAUCUGAAGCACUGAGACAUCUGACAUGAUCU